UGUAUGCGUAGCGAGUACGCGCUCAGCUGCGGCCGCGUACGAGAUACUCGCCGUUCACUCCUCUCGUCACGCGCCACACACACGCCGUACGCGCACACGUACUCGCGCACGCCUGUGCAACGGUCGCGCGACUUUUCGCGCAACGCCGUCGGCUCGAUAUCGCAGUGCGCGCCGCAUACGUCCGUCGCACGGGUAGUCGGUCGCACGGUACUCGCACGGUACUCUCACGGCGCUGCACCGUUGGCCCGACGACCGCGGAUCUCGCGCGCGAUCAUCGCCACCGUGCGUUCCGACGGAUCUUCGUCCGCCGUCGAUCGAUAUCGUUUAUAUCGUCCAGACGCGUCACCCCGCCCUACCGCACCGUCGACCCGUACAUGACCGACGACGACAACGACGACGACGACCACCACCACCACCACCACCAACACUACCAUCACGCUGCAACCGAUCGAAAAAAGGUCAAUUGUGUUUCACGUCAUACUUUACGCACGUAGAAAAUACAAUCAACAAUACGGGUGCAAAAUCGUGAAAAAGUAAAAUCAUAUAGAUGACUUGAUGUGCUUAAGCUGGCCUCAAGCAUGCACCGCCAUACACCUGCUGUGGAGUGUGCUGUAUAUAAGCGUUGGCGCAGUUCAAAUUGUAGCAGGCAUAUUUUUCCUUUUCACAGUACCUGUACUUAAAAUAGGAUCAAACAUAUGGACCGGGUCUUGGAACGUAUUCUUUGGAGUCGGAGGAGCAGUUUUUUCAUGUGUAGGUGAUUGGACAACAGCCAAACAGCAAGGCCUUUUAUGUCUUACUAUAACUAUUCUAAUCAUGAAUGUAAUAAAUUUGAUUAUCUUGGAAAUUGGUGAAUGGAGGUACUUAACACCAGAAUCUGUCAAACAUAUCAUGUCAAAAGAAGGCUUGGAAACUUUGGUUUUGUAUGCUCGUUACACCACCAGCAUAAGCACGUUAGUGGCCAUAGUCGGUGCAUUUUUCGAUUCUCAAAUAACAUUUUGUUGUAUGCUACGUGUAGAUAAAAGGCAACACACUACGGAACCAGAUAACAAUUCAGACGUGGAUUACAUCAUGCCAAGGGUUAAGUCGGAAUGCGUGCUGAGAUCGAACAGCAUUACAGGAAAAACAUCGGAUAACAAUUACGGGCGGUCGUGGGUGUUCGAGUCGGACGGCACGGCGGGGCCGGGCGGUUGUAACGCGUACGCGUCGACGGAAUCGCUGAGCGCGCUCGAUCAUCGGCCGCCGGCAACGGUGGCCGCGUCAGCGACCGUGUGCAGCCGUACGGUGACGCUGAAGCGUAGGGCCAAGCCAGUGACGCCAGUGGUGAUCGUCGAGAUGGACGGAACCGGCAGCCGGCCCGCGCAGCUGAUGACCAGCUUCUCGCGCACCCCGUCGCCUGUCGGACUGUCCGAGAGCCCAUCGCAGGACUCAGUGUCCACCGCCACCGUCGCUACGGCCGCGAACGCUGCCUGCGCCACUCCCAUUUACGAGUGUCUGGAGAAGCUGACCGAGCCGUCCGUGUACAGAUCCCGGCUGAACACGGCCCUGUCGGCCAGCGCGCAGGAGGCUAUCGUGUCCGCCGACCGACCGCCCCGGAGCCUGUCACCCAGGCCACCGCCUGUCGCCGAACCCGUGCAGUACGCCUCGCUGAUGGAAGAACUGCAGAAGACCAUUGGCAACCGAUUGUCCAAACAUGUUGAAUCGCCCGAAGAAAGAUUCAGUGGUGCAGAUUUAGAUGAUGUUUUACAAGAUAUCCAAGAUUUAGAAUCUCCAAAUGGUCAUAGCAAUGACCGAACAGAUGAUAGUAGUGAUAGUGAUGCAGCUAGUAUGAAAACUACUAAAACAGUUAUACUAAAUGGUAAGAACGCAGAUGAUUUAGGUUAUGUAUCAAUGCGUCAAGAUUGCGCGCAUUUGUUGAGUGUGUACGACCAAGUAGAAUGCGAAUUACCAGAAGAACUGCCAGAAGAAACAAACAACAACACCAUCGGAUUAAAAGUUACCGUUAAAUCUUCUGGUAAAGGUUGGAAAUCAUUGUCAACCAUGUUAAAACGAAAGCAAAGAGCUGCCCUAACUCUAAUACCUGAAAUCGAAGCUUCAAUUGUGAGGUCUGAAUGUUUGGCAUAUCUUUCAGAAAAGGAAUUGGUCGAGCGAUACGAUCAAAAUAAAAUGGUCCACCGGCAAAUCGAAGAAAAAGUUUGGAAACAAAUUAAUGGUGCUUCAGAAACCGAUUCCCCUUGCUGAUCGACUGAUAAAUUGUGUUUAAUUGGUUUUUUUUACUUGAAUUUCUAUAUUGUAUACAAAUUAUUAUUUAAUUUUAUUGAAUCUAUUUAAAACGGUGUUAAUAACUAAUCCUUCCUCACCUAUACUAGAUAUUAUAUUAUAAUAUAUAGUAUGUAAUACAUA